AUGAAGUUCCAGGCCAUCCUCAUCGCUACCCUCUCGGCCACCGGCCUCGCCUCCCCCGUCCCCGAGCCUCAAGCCAAGCCCAAGUUCGUCCAGGCUUACACCCUCCGUCUCUCCUCGCGCACCCCCUCCCUAGACGGAAAACCCCUAACCCUUUCCAACACAACCCUCGGCAUCUUCCCCUCCUCCCCCUCCACCCCCCUCUUCUACCCCAUCCGCAACCCCCAAACCAACCUCCUCGAGCUGCACUCCCCCCAAACCUCCUCCGCCCUCGCCCUAGUAGGCACCCACGGCCUCCUCUCCCUCUCCGCCCUCCCGAACCCGGCCUCCGUCACCGUCCCCACCGGCACGACCCUCGACUGGCAAAACUUUGACCUCUCCGACGACGCCUCCGCCGGCUCCCUCACCUACGCAGGCAGCACCAAGGACGGCUCCUGGGUCGCCUUCCCCGUCGGAAAGGGUCAGGCGGGCGAGUGGGCCGUCAAGUGGAAGGACGUCACCGCCACCACGACCCAGAACUACAUCCCCGUUAAGGUUGUCUACGAGGUUGUCGAGGGGUUCCACAUUACUGCUUAG